AACCCCUUUUCAUUCAAAGCCAAUCCUAUCUCUGUGUCGUCAACAUCUACAAAAGUACAAAAUCCCACAAAAUAAUAAUUUUCUCGAUAUGGAUAUAACACGAAAGCUGAUUUUUCCCACCUGGCGACCUCUAAUGCGGGCAACCCGAUUGUAUUGUGACAGUGCAGUGCAUUCUCUGGUCAAUUUUCCUGUGGUGACGAUGGAGAAAGGCAAAUCAAAAUAUGUAAUGUCCCAUGUCUAUAUCCAUGGUAUGAUGGGAAGUGCCAAGCAGGUGAUCCGCAGCAGUCCCAGAGCCAAGUCCCAUUUGCAUGUCUAUGAUAAGCUACAGAAGGAGGCAAAUGGCUUGGGUUUAUGCACCCAGGGCCUGGGCGGCGGCUAUCUCGUCUAUGAUCCGCAAAAUAAAUAUAUUAAACUCUAUGGCCGAUCGGGUGUGUUGGGUAAGGCCGAUCAUGAGAAGGCCAAAGAGAUUUUGCGCAAGACUUACCCAGGCUGUAAAAUCGAUGCAGAGCCCGGGGAUAUUGAGCCCUAAAAUCAUUACUCUUUGAUUCGAAUUUCCAAAUUUACUGUUGCAACUUCAGAUUUAUAUAAUGAAAAAUAAGAAACACAAUUUGAUGGCGGGACUGAUUAAA